CAAUCACAGUGAGAAAAAAUGAUGGCGAAUCUUCCAGCAAACCCUCGUCUGUAAAUCCCAGUUAGCUUUGUUAAUUGGAUUUAUACACUGGAUUUAUAUAGCACAGACAGCUCAAGAUACGAUAUUUGUUGGAGACACUGGAAGAAGGGAGAUUAAUUCAUUUAGCGUGAUGUGAUAUCUUAGAUUUAGAAGCGUAUGCGGGCAUGUGUGAUAAGUCGCUUUGGAUAGUGCAGAGCUACCUGCUGCCUGUGCAUGCAGCUGUCAUCGCACCUAGCUGGUUAGCUUAGCUGCAUAGGUGCGCUAACGACCGCUCCGGGCUAAUAGACUGUUAGUACAGUCAUCCAGCAGUCGCUUUUGGGAGUUUAGAGUAGACCAGUGUUUCCCUUUUUGACGCCAAAACGCUAGUUAAGACACGUUCUGGUCCUGCCAAUUUCGGACAAAGCGUUAGCCCGGACAUCCUGCUUUGUCUUUUUCGGAAUACUUUGAAGUCCAGUUUGUCAGCGAGCGUUAAGCUAGCUGCUGUCAUUCAAAGACAGUUACCUCAUCAGCCACCACCUCGGUCGGGGACCGAUUGUUCCUAAUUCACGACAGACUUUCUUUGGUGUUUUAUACACUUUGAUAUCGGAAUUGUCGAUUUGGAUAACACCUGUAGGGAAUGAAGAAAUUCUUCGACUCCCGACGGGAGCUCGUGAGCUCGGGGCCUGGUCAGGGAGCCGGCGGAGGGGGCGCAGGUUCCAGCAGCGGAGGCAGCUUCAUCGGCCGGGUUUUUACCCUUGGACGACAUCAAGUGACCAUCGAAGAGAUCGUGGCUGAAGGAGGUUUUGCCAUUGUUUUUUUGGUGCGCACAAAUCAGGGUCAGCGGUGUGCGCUAAAGCGGAUGUAUGUUAACAAUGAGCAUGAUCUUCAAAUCUGCAAAAUGGAGAUACAGAUUAUGCGGGACCUCGUAGGGCACAAAAACAUAGUUGGCUUCCUGGAUUCCAGCAUAGCUGCAGUUGGAGCUGGCGAUGUGUGGGAGGUCCUAAUUCUUAUGGACUUCUGUCGAGGGGGACAGGUGGUCAACCUGAUGAACCAACGCUUACAGACUGGCUUCACAGAGGCAGAGGUGUUGCAGGUCUUUUGUGACACGUGUGAAGCUGUUGCUCGUCUUCACCAGUCCAAGACUCCAAUCAUUCAUCGAGACCUCAAGGUGGAAAAUAUUCUUCUGCAUGACCAGGGACAUUAUGUGCUGUGUGACUUUGGGAGCGCUACAAACCACUUCCAAAACCCACAGACAGAGGGUGUACCUGUCAUUGAGGAGGAAAUCAAAAAGUACACUACUUUAUCAUAUCGUGCGCCAGAGAUGGUCAACCUCUAUGCUGGUAAAGUCAUCACAACAAAGGCAGAUAUAUGGGCUAUGGGAUGUCUUCUCUAUAAACUAUGCUAUUUCACGCUUCCUUUUGGGGAAAGCCAAGUUGCUAUCUGUGAUGGCAGUUUCACCAUUCCAGACAAUUCACGCUACUCCCACGAUAUGCACUGUCUCAUCAGAUAUAUACUGGAACCCGACCCCGACAAGAGGCCAGACAUCUAUCAAGUAUCUUACUUUGCCUUUAAACUGAAUGGACAAGAGUGUCCUGUUCCAAAUUUACAUAAUUCAUCCAUUCCUGCAAAACUACCCGAGCCAAUCAAAGCCAGUGAAGCAGUGGUCAAAAAAAGUCAAACCAAAGCCAGGAUCACAGACCCAAUUCCUACCACCGAAACCUCAAUAGCACCUCGACAAAGGCCUAAGCCUGGCCAGACUCAACCACAGCCUAUAUCAGGCAUCCUUCCCAUACAAGCAGGUCUGACCCCACGCAAGAGGCCCAAUGUUGCUGCUGCAGCACCCCAGGCCAUAGGUGUAGGUGUUAAUGUCCCAACUCCAGGUGCCCUCCAGACUUCCCAACAGGCUCCUGCUGCAGCACAGGCUUCAGUGCGACCAAUGCAAACCACCACCAUUCAGCCUCAGAUCACACCGCGACCUCAGCAGCUCCACAUGAAACAGCAGCAGUCUUCUGCUUUCGUACACCUACAGAUUGCCCAGCAGAGCUUUGACUACCAAGUCCAGCAUACUGCCACUGUGACACCCACUCUGCUGCAGUACAAAGCUAAGUCAGAUUUCCUCGCUCUCACACUGCGCCGGCAGCAGCAGCAUGAGGUCCAGGAAAGCCCAGUUCUCCAUCUGACCCCCAUCCCAGAGUGCUCCGUCAUUGGGCCAGCUGCUGACCCAGAUGUGGCAACUGUAAGAGGGCACAAAGUCGGCUCCCUAACACCCCCAUCGUCCCCAAAAAUGGCAGCCAAAAGUGGUCAUAGACGUAUCCUGAGCGACGUCACUCACAGUGCCAUCUUUGGUGUCCCCAUCAGCAAGUCCACCCAGCUACUGCAGACAGCCGCAGCUGAGGCCAGCCUCAACAAGUCCAAGUCAGCCAGCACGACUCCUUCUGGCUCUCCAUGCUCGUCCCAGCAGACCGUAUAUCACCCAGCUGAUGUGGACACCCAGUCUGCCCAUGUGACACCCAAUACUCAGCCCAGUUGGAACCCCUUUGGCGAUGAUAACUUCUCUAAGCUAACUGCUGAGGAGCUGCUUAACAAAGACUUUGCAAAACUAGGUGAAAAUGCUGCACCAGAGGAGAAGUCCAGAGGUGACUCUCUCAUUCACAGGCUCAAUUCAUUUGGAGACUCUUUAAAUGGGAAAGACUCUAUGCUGGGCUGCCAUCUUCUAUCUUAUACUUCUCAUGGAAACCAGAAUGUUUCUGCUCCUUCUUCCUAUCGGCCCUCUGCUCCUCUUGGCUCCUGCUCCGCAGCCUGCCUGGAAGAGCUGCAGCCUGCUCAGACAGCUGCUGACUCUUCUUUCCUCAUGUCGCAAGGAGAGAAAGGGAAUAGUGACGAGUUUGACCCUAUUCCCGUGCUCAUCUCCAAAACCUCAAACCAAGGUGGUCACUCACGCAACAACAGUGGCAGUUCAGAGUCCAGCCUUCCCAACUUGACUCGCUCCCUUCUACUGGUGGAUCAGCUCAUCGACCUCUAGAGGGUUGGGAGAGGUCAAGGGGGCAGUGUGUAACCCUGACGUUGGACAGGGCAGGCGGGUUAGAGAGAUGUGAAAAAUGUAGCAUCUUCUGAAAUGAAAGAGAGGACUUGGCAUAGACUUGUUCCCCGUCGGCUCUGAUAGGCUGUUUUCAUAAAGCUCUGGUAACAUUCACAUCAAUGCUCAAGCAUAUCUUCUGCCGCUAACAUUGGCUACACCAUGGCCUUCCUCACGCUUUUCCCCCAUAAUUGCUCAUUUAACAUGCAGCCAUGGUGGUCUUUUUUCAUUUCACGAUGGACUGCUUGAUGACUGCAACUUUGCUUUCCCCUUGCGUGCGUGUGCGCGUGAGUUGAAGCUUUAUUUGGAACCACUCUUGACCAAAAGAGUGAGAUUGAGAGUUUUGGGCACUUUCUCUCAAAACUUACACACCAUCAUUUUAGGCUCUGACCUGGAAAAACAUGCACCUGCACUGACUCAUUAGGAGUGACAAAAUCUCUGUCCAGGCAGGUUUCUCAAAUGGCUGUGGGUUGUUGUGCUGGUGCUUUCAUACACUGGUUUGUAAACAUCACACAUCACAUACAGUACAUGCGAACCCCAGUUCCAGUUAAGUUGGGACAUUGUAUGAAAUAAAACCAAUACAAUGAUUUGCAAAUCUUUUUUUAACCUAUGUUCAAUUGAAUAUGCGACAAGGAAGUAUUUAAUGUUCAAACUUAUAAAUACUACCUCUUUUCAAAUACUCCCACAUUUUGAAUUUGAUGCCCGCAGCACAUUCACAAAUGACAGCGGCAAAAAAAAAAAAGGAAACAUUUCAGAGUUCUCAAAAAACACCUGUUUGGAACAUGCCACAGGUUAGAGGGAUACAAGGGAGUGCCAUGAUUGGGUAUUAAAGCAACAUCCCCGAAAGGCUCAGUUGUUGGCAGGCAAGGAGGAGGUGAGAUUCACUACUCUGUGAACAACUGCAUGCGUAAAUAGUCCCUCAGGCAACACUGCAUUCAAAACUUGGAUUAUUGUGUAGCGGCUAUUGCCACGCAGGCUAAGAAACACUUCAGUAAACCAUUGUCAGUAAAUACAGUUCGCAAGACCAACAUGCUGUUGGCUGUUGAUGCCAGCAAGACUCUAGCUGGUCACCAGCAAUCCCCAGCUCCAGGCGGGUCUCCGGCAAUGCUGGGCGGCUUUGGACCUGUUCAUAGAGCGGAUUGCCCAGAGCUGUUCGAAUCGUGGCUGUUUUGUUGUGUUUUUACUGAUCAGCAAGACCAGUGUGAAAACACAACAAAACUAUGCUGGGGGUUUUUUUCUAGCAGGGCUAUUUGUAAUUUCUGUUCACGUUCACCCAAAUAGUGUGUUAUGGUGGAGUUGAGUCUCCCGCAUCAAACUCAUCCAAGCAUGGCUUUAUGGAUGGAUCCUGAUUUAUGCACUGUUAUACGGGAACAGGAAAGGGCAUUCCCCUUGCAAAGUUGGUAGCAUACAAAAUGCCUCACAGUUGAAGAAUUUGAAAACUUCUCUCCAUGCAGUCUAUGUCGGCGUCGGCUUACAAUGCCAACCAUUUUCAGACCCUCCUUUACCCUACCAUAUGAUAAAAAAAAAUGUAAAAGACAUAAAACUUACGUACCUGAGAUUGAAUGUCUGGAUUCUUAAGACAUAUCAACAUGUCGCUGGGAAUGUUCAAAUAGGGACGCCAAAGUGGUAGAAUAAUGAAGUGAUAUUUUGUCCUAAACGUGCAUUUGUUAGAAAAUACAGCCGUCACACUAAAAGGAAAGACCUCUGAUCUCAGUGAACAUGUUGACAUGUGAUGACUCAUUCGUUCUCUAGAGCAAAUGUAAAAAUGUGAUAUAUGUACAGUACAUUGAAAGAUUUGUGUAUAAAUGCCAAGAUGUCCACCUUU